GCGUUGCGAGCGUUAAGUGGACCAAACUAACCAAUCAAACGCUACCGUGGUUACGAAACAAAAAACGCCUAUCAAAAUUUCAGUCAGGAUUUAAACUCCACAUAAUCAAGACUCGAAGUAACUCUUAAUUGACUUUUACAUGACACUUAUUGAAUGUCAAGCGGACUGUAUAUUUUUCAUAUUCAUAGUUCAUUCUCCAGUUGCUAAGAAACUCUCAAAUUUGUUAACGAUGUCAUCAGAAUCUUGGUUGGCGACUCUUCAAAAUGCACAGAAAACUGCAUGUAUUCAGGAUGGCAAGAGAAAGGUUCACUAUUUGUUGAAAAAUAAACAGGAAAUGAUUGAAGAAUAUAAUUUAGAUACAAAUGUAGUGGUACGCAGAACAUGGAGAAAAAGAAAUCAGUUUGAGAAAGAGAUCGGUUGGUCUGUUGAAAUUGGAGAUCCUGGACACAAGAUCCUUACACAAGAUGAUGAGACCUGUGUAAUACAAGAAAGCUCAAAUAUGCCAGUUGUUGUAAGAAGGAUCACGAAAACUCUGCUGGAAUGGCGAAUAAGGAAUUUACCGUAUCCUAAAGAUGUAUAUUCUGUUACUGCAGAGGAGGACGACACCAUAACUGUACGUACAAGCAACAAGAAAUACUUCAAGAAGUUAGAAGUUCCAGAUCUUCAACGAAUUGGAUUAAAACCCAAACAAGAUGCCAUAACCUUUACACAUAGUUUGAACACUUUAAUUAUAAUGUAUAAAAAGCCUACCGAACUUCUCAACGUUGAAAAUAAAAUAUUGACAGAAGCUUUGAAGCUCAAAGUACUGUCUGAGGAUGAUGCUGUACAAUGUCUAACGAGUUAAUAAUAAAGUUACUGCUACAUUAUAUCGACUA